AUGGCGAGUUUUGUAAAUUUACAACCAUGUAAAAAAACUUCUGUUGGGGAUGUGUUGCGGAAAAACUCUGUGUCACCAUAUAGUCAUAAAACAUCGCAUGAAAUGGGACACUACAUACGUGAAGCUAGAAAAAUUACCCGAAAUAAUACAUUCAUUGGCCUAGAAACUUCCAAGAACGACAACGUUAAACAUGUAGGAGAUCUAACGGAUACUCUCAAUCGUUGGAGCAGUGCCGAGCAUUUGUCCAACGACAGAAAAAAUGAUGUCGCGUGCAAUCCUCAAUCUAUCAAAGGAUUGGUAGAAGUUUCAGGAUCAUCGAUUUUUCAAACAUUUUCUGAAUGUACUAACGGGUCGGAUUCGAAUGAUGAUGACAGCAACCAGCUUAAGGAAAACACUUUAUCUGAUCGUCGUUCCAGCAUGAUUCCUUUAAUGAUCCAACCAAACAUUCGCCAGAAAACAGCAAUAUCAUAUUCUGAUAACGAGAAUUUGCUUGCAAAGCGAAAAAUAGUUCUAGCUUCAAAAACGUUACCAAAACCUAAAGAUUCCGUGAAAGUCUACCGUACAGAACGCAUGAAUGAGAGAAAAAUGGAGAUGGAACAACAAUUUGUCGAGCUAAAGGAACAAAUUGCUUGCAAUGAAUUACGUCGGCAAAAGGAUGAACAAAAAACUAGAGAUAAUAUCGAGCUAAUGAGAAAUGAAAUCUUUGAUUUAAAAUCUAUUUUGGAAAAAUCAGAAAAAUCCAAGAAGAACCAUGAUAUCGCAAGCGACUUAUUGCAAGAAGAAUAUUCUCUUUAUUCCCGUUCAUGUGAGAUGUCGAAAAGAAUUCUUACAAACACAUUCAGAAGAAAGAAAAAAACUAACAUUUCCCGGGCUUCAUGUAUGCAAUCGAACGCGAGCAAUGAUCAAAAUACUAACUGCACACUUGAAAAUGAUGUGCAACGUCUUAGCAAUAAUGCUUCUAGCUUAAACGAAACUAACGUUGCUUCUGAGGGUGGUGGGGACUAUAAUCAACUCCAUCCUGAUACCAACUCUCCAAUUAAUGUGGUAACGUCUCUAUACUAUGUUUCAAAAAUGCAAUCGGUUGAUAUGCAAAACAUGGCACAAGAACCAGAUGGCGCUUCUUCGCUUGAAUCAAUUGAAAAGGAUUUAUCUUUGAAAAAGAAGCCGGGAAUCUUUAAAAUCGGAUGCUGGUUCAAGUCUACUAAACAUUAG